AUGAAUUAUCAUAAUGACAAAUUCAAAGAUUACAAUUUCCAAGCUGGAAAAGAAGCAGUAAAAUAUCCAAUGACUGGAGCUCCAAAAACUUAUCUCGCAGUUGGUGUUAUUGGAUUUGUACUUAUUUUGAACCUUAUCAGGAGUGCAUUUGGAUUUGUUAAUAUCACUUAUAGAUACAUGUUUCUAUGCAUGGAUGCUAUCUUUCUGAUCUCAGCCAUGUAUAAACACAAAAUUAAAAUUAAAUCCAAUAAUUUUUUGAAUAUGUUAUUUAUUAUGACUAUUUGUUUAACAUUUUUACCAGAAUUGAUGUUAUGUCAUAGUCAAGAAGUAUUGCCUCACAGUCUAAGAACUCAAUUAGAACUUUAUAAAAAUAUGGAGGGUGAUUAUAGAUGGCUUACUGACAUGAGGUGUGCCAUGCAUGGAUAUUCGUACCCUAGUGGUGGUAUCACUCAGAUUAUUGAAUCAGGUGUCAAUGUAAUUGAUGACAAUAAAGCAGAUAUUUAUGGGUUUAUUGAAAAUAUUUUUGGCCAUCUUGAGGAUCGUAAAGUCAGAUCUCUACUUGAAGCAAAGCUCAAAGCAAUAUCAUACACCGAGGGUGCAAAAUGGACAAAGGAUGAACUCAGUACAAGUUUUGAGGUGGACGGUUCUAUCGCUGGAAUUCAUUAUGCACUUUACUCUGAUAAAAUACAAAACCAGUCAAAACGUCAGUUUUUUAUUGCAAUAGUUCAAAUUAGCAUAUCUGCUGGCCCUGGUCAUUAUUUUAUUGCAGGGUAUUUUAACGGACAAGAAGAAUGCAUCAAAAAUGCGCUAAAAUAUUUACUUUACAAAGAGGCUAAAAAUAAACUCCUUAUACAUUAA